AUGUUACGUUCGUCAAUUCAAAGGAUCGCUGUGCGUAGCCAGUCUACUGUCACGAAGACCGCUCCAAGAGCGUUGUCAAACGCUUACGUAGGAAGCUUGGAAACUAGAUGGGAAACCUUACCAAAGGAAGACCAAACCCGCAUCACAGAAGAAUUAAAAGCUAGAAUGGAAUUGCCAUGGCAAGAGUUGACUACCGCCGAAAAGAAAGCCGCUUACUACAUCUCUUUCGGUGAAUGGGGUCCUAGAAAGCCUUUGCACGCGCCUGGUGAUGCCGCUAAGGUAUUCUGGGGAACCGUUGCCGGUCUUGUGGCUGGUGUUGGUUUGUUCAGUUUGACCAGAAUCUUCGCUGCUCCUCAACCGGAAACCUUGAACAGAGAUUGGCAAGAGGCCUCCGACGAGUACUUAAAAUCCAAGAAUGCUAACCCAUUCACUGGCUACUCCCAAAUCCAGUAA